UGUUUCGAUACGCAGAUAAAACCUCUCCUUGCUCUUCCAAUCGUGCAUUGGUCCGACAUCCGCAACCGAAACAUAAAGGAAAAGAGAGAGAAGAUGGCGCAAGUUUCAGCGAUUCCACCUUCUUCUCCGAGUAAAGGAACGGGCCACGCGGUCGGACGUCGGUCGGCCGGUUAUCAUCCGAGCAUAUGGGGGGAUUACUUUCUUAAAUACGCUUCUCCCUCCAACUCGGUGAAGUUCAAAUUCCUUGGAACCGUGGAGGGACAAAUUGAGGAACCGAAAGGAGAGGUCGGGAAGAUGCUGGCUGGUAUCGUGGAUAAGCCUUUACAAAAGCUUCACUUGAUUGAUCAAAUCCAACGCCCGGGAAUUGAGUACCAUUUCGAGUGUGAAGUAAAUGAGCAAUUAGAACAGAUCCACAAAAGUUACUCUCGGCUUUAUCGUGAAGAUUUUAAGGUAGAUGACCUUCACAUGGUCGCUCUUAUCUUUCGAUUGCUGCGACAACAAGGUUACUACGUCCCAUCGGAGGUCUUUAACAAAUUCAAGGAUAGUGAAGGCAACUUCAGAGAAUCGCUCAUCACCGAUGUACGGGGAUUGCUAAGCCUAUAUGAAGCUUGCCAUCUAAGGUGUCAUGGCGAUUCUAUCUUGGACGAAGCACUUCCUUUUGCUAUAACUCAUCUUGAAUCGAUCGAUAAAAGCAAAGUGAGCACUAUUCUCGCGAAACAAGUGAGUCAUGCCCUAAAGCAGCCGCUUCACAAGGGAUUUCCAAGGCUCGAGGCGAGGCAUUACAUUCCACUCUACCAAGAAGAGCCUUCACAUGACGAAGUCUUGCUCGCCUUGGCUAAACUAGAUUUCAACUUACUACAAGAGCAACACCAGAAGGAACUUGGCAAGAUUACUAGGUGGUGGAAGGAUAUAGAUGUUCCGAGGAAGUUCCCCUUCGCUAGAGACAGGAUUGUGGAGUUGUUCUUCUGGACCUUGGGAGUAUAUUUCGAGCCGGAGUUCGCGAUGGCCGGAGAGAUACUAACCAAAGUGAUCUCCAUGACUUCCAUUCUCGACGAUAUCUACGACGUCUAUGGCGCGCCGGAAGAACUUGCCCUCCUCACCGAAGCAAUCCAGAAGUGGGACGUUGAUGCCAUGGAUGGAUUACCGGAGUACAUGCAAGCUUAUUACAAGGAGCUCCUCCAUGUCUAUGAAUACAUUGGGAAUGAAGUGGCCGCAAAAGGGAGAUCGUACCGCCACGUCUACGCGAAAGAAGUCAUGAAGAAGCUCGCGAGGGCGUACUUCCAGGAAGCCAAAUGGUUCCAUAACAAUUACAUACCGACACUGGAGGAGUACAUGCCCCUUCAACUAAUAACCUCUGGCUACGGCAUGUCGACGACGACAUCGCUCGUGGGAAUGGGCGAUGUGGUCACCGAACAUGCUUUUGAAUGGUCGGUUGGCGACUGCAAGAUUGUGAAGGCUACACAAACCGUCGGUAGGCUCAUGGACGACAUUUCCUCUCACCAGUUUGAGCGGGAGAGGGGGCAUGUCGUAUCUGCGGUGGAGCUGCUCAUGAAAUACCGCAGCCUCUCGGAGCGGGAAGCCGAGGAGGAACUCCAGAAAGGAGUCAUCGACGCGUGGAAGGACAUGAAUGAAGAGUUCCUUCGUCCGACAGCGGUCCCGGCCCCGAUCCUCACCCGAGCGCUCAAUUUGUCGCGGGUGGCGGAUGUGAUAUACACCGAUGGAGAUAAUUACACCCAUUCUAGAACCAAGCUCAAAGAUAUUGUGACAUCGCUCUUCGUCGCUCCCUUGCCGAUGUGAAAUUUGGACCAAACGUUGUCACACCUAUUUGGUCGUCGUACAUGAAUAGUCUAUCGAUUAUGCCUUGGAAAUCCUAGUUUUCCCCCGUAUGUAUGAGGCAAAAUAUCAUCCCUUGUAUGCAUACUUUCAGACAGAUG